AGCGCCAGACGCGGCGGCAAGCGGCUGAGUCCCAGGGAGGAGAGGGGCUGCCUGGUUGCUGUCCCCGCCCUGCGCGCCCCGCGCUCCACGUCCCCGGCGGCCGCUGGAAAGCUCAGCCCUGCGCCACCCCGCGCUGUCCCAGCCUCCCUGGGCAGCGGGCAAGCGGGCGGCAAGUUUGGACGCGCGCAGGCGGCGGGCGGCGGGCCGCGGGCACCGUGCGCCCCGGGAGGAGCGGCCGCCUUCGGGCUCGGCGCCCCGCGCGCACUUCGGCGAUGGCUUCUCGCGUUCGCCCCCGCAGCCUCCUGCUCCUUCUCCCCGGCCUCCUGCUCCCUAUCUGCGGCGCCUUCAACCUAGACGUGAACAGUCCUGCCGAAUACUCCGGCCCUGAGGGAAGCUACUUCGGCUUCGCGGUGGAUUUCUUCGUGCCCAGCGCGUCUUCGAGAAUGUUUCUUCUGGUGGGAGCUCCCAAAGCCAACACUACGCAGCCUGGGAUUGUAGAAGGAGGGCAGGUUCUCAAAUGUGACUGGUCCUCUAGCCGCCGAUGCCAGCCAAUUGAAUUCGAUUCGACAGGCAAUAGAGAUUAUGCCAAAGAUGAUCCAUUGGAGUUUAAGUCCCACCAGUGGUUUGGAGCAUCUGUGAGGUCAAAACAGGAUAAAAUUUUGGCCUGUGCUCCAUUGUACCACUGGAGAACUGAGCUGAAACAGGAGAGAGAGCCUGUUGGAACUUGCUUUCUUCAAGAUGGAGCAAAGACUGUUGAGUAUGCACCAUGCAGGUCAAAAAAUAUUGAUGCUGAUGGACAGGGAUUUUGUCAAGGAGGAUUCAGCAUUGAUUUUACUAAAGCUGACAGAGUACUUCUUGGUGGUCCUGGUAGCUUUUACUGGCAAGGUCAGCUCAUUUCAGAUCAAGUGGCAGAAAUCGUAUCUAAAUAUGACCCCAACGUUUACAGCAUCAAGUAUAAUAACCAGUUAGCAACUCGGACAGCACAAGCAAUUUUUGAUGACAGUUAUUUGGGUUACUCAGUGGCUGUUGGAGACUUCAAUGGUGAUGGCGUAGAUGACUUUGUUUCAGGAGUUCCAAGAGCAGCAAGGACUUUGGGAAUGGUUUAUAUUUAUGAUGGGAAAAACAUGUCCUCCUUACACAAUUUUACUGGUGAGCAGAUGGCUGCAUAUUUUGGAUUUUCUGUAGCCACCACUGACAUUAAUGGGGAUGAUUAUGCAGACGUGUUUAUUGGAGCACCUCUCUUCAUGGACCGAGGCUCUGAUGGCAAACUUCAAGAGGUGGGACAGGUGUCAGUGUCUCUGCAAAGAGCUUCAGGAGACUUCCAGACUACAAAGCUGAAUGGGUUUGAGGUCUUUGCACGGUUUGGCAGUGCCAUAGCUCUGGGAGACCUGGACCAGGAUGGCUUCAAUGAUAUUGCAAUUGCUGCUCCAUAUGGGGGUGAAGAUAAAAAAGGAAUCGUUUAUAUUUUUAAUGGAAGAGCAACAGGCUUGAAUGCAGUACCGUCUCAAGUCCUUGAAGGGCAAUGGGCUGCCCAGAGCAUGCCCCCAAGCUUUGGCUAUUCAAUGAAGGGAGCCACAGACAUAGACAGAAAUGGAUAUCCAGACUUAAUUGUAGGAGCUUUUGGUGUAGAUCGAGCAGUCUUAUACAGGGCCAGGCCUGUUAUCACUGUAAAUGCUGGCCUUGAAGUGUACCCUAGCAUCUUAAAUCAAGACAAUAAAACCUGCCCACUGCCUGGGACAGCUCUCAAAGUUUCCUGUUUUAAUGUCAGGUUCUGCUUAAAGGCAGAUGGCAAAGGAGCACUUCCAAGGAGACUCAACUUCCAGGUGGAGCUUCUUUUGGAUAAACUCAAGCAAAAGGGAGCAAUUCGACGAGCACUGUUUCUCCAUAACAGGUCCCCGGGUCACUCCAAGAACAUGACUGUUUCGAGGGGGGGACAGAUGCAAUGUGAGGAACUGAUAGCAUAUUUGCGGGAUGAAUCUGAAUUUAGAGACAAACUGACUCCAAUUACUAUUUUUAUGGAAUACCGCUUGGAUUAUAGAACGGCUGCUGAUGCAACAGGCUUACAACCCAUUCUUAACCAGUUCACUCCUGCCAACAUGAGCCGACAGGCUCAUAUUCUGCUUGACUGUGGUGAAGAUAAUGUCUGUAAACCAAAACUGGAAGUUUCUGUAGAAAGUGAUCAAAAGAAGAUCUAUAUUGGGGAUGACAACCCUCUGACAUUGAUUGUCAAGGCGCAGAAUCAAGGGGAAGGUGCCUAUGAAGCUGAGCUCAUCGUUUCCAUUCCACUGCAGGCUGAUUUCAUUGGGGUUGUCCGAAACAGUGAAGUCCUAGCAAGACUUUCCUGUGCAUUUAAGACAGAAAACCAAACCCGUCAGGUUGUAUGUGACCUUGGAAACCCAAUGAAGGCUGGAACUCAACUCUUUGCUGGUCUUCGUUUCAGUGUACACCAGCAAUCAGAGAUGGAUACUUCUGUGAAAUUUGACUUACAGAUCCAAAGCUCUAAUCUUUUUGACAAAGUAAGCCCAGUUGUAUCUUACAAAGUCGACCUUGCUGUUUUAGCUGCUGUUGAGAUAAGAGGAGUCUCAAGUCCUGAUCAUAUCUUUCUCCCAAUUCCAAAUUGGGAGUACAAGGAGAACCCUGAGACUGAAGAAGACGUUGGGCCUGUUGUUCAGCACAUCUAUGAGCUGAGAAACAAUGGUCCAAGUUCGUUCAGCAAGGCAAUGCUGAAUCUUCAGUGGCCUUACAAAUAUAAUAAUAAUACUUUGUUGUAUAUCCUUCAUUAUGAUAUUGAUGGGCCAAUGAACUGUACUUCAGAUAUGGAGAUCAACCCUCUGAGAAUCAAGAUCUCAUCUUUGCAAACACCUGAAAAGAAUGACACCAUCGCUGGGCAGGGUGACUGGAGCCAUCUCAUCACUAAGCGGGAUCUCACCCCGAGUGAAGGAGAUGUUCACACUUUGGGUUGUGGAAUUGCUCAGUGCUUGCGGAUCGUCUGCCAGGUUGGGCGACUGGACAGAGGAAAGAGCGCAAUCCUGUAUGUGAAGUCUCUUCUGUGGACCGAGACCUUUAUGAAUAAGGAAAACCAGAAUCAUUCAUAUUCUCUGAAGUCAUCUGCUUCUUUCAAUGUCAUAGAGUUUCCUUACAAGAAUCUUCCAAUUGAGGAUAUCUUCAACUCCACAUUGGUUACUACCAAUGUCACUUGGGGCAUUCAGCCGGCGCCCAUGCCUGUUCCUGUGUGGGUGAUCAUUUUAGCAGUUCUAGCAGGAUUGUUGUUAUUGGCUGUUUUGGUUUUUGUAAUGUACAGGAUGGGCUUUUUUAAACGUGUCCGACCACCUCAAGAAGAACAAGAAAGGGAACAACUUCAACCUCAUGAAAAUGGUGAAGGAAACUCAGAAACUUAACUGUGAUUUUUUAAGUUAUGUCACAUCUUCACCCAUUAGAAUUACCAACUUAAGUAUACACUUAAAUUUCCUUCAUGAGGAAUAAAAUUCCCAGACUGGUAUUGCUGAUGGAACCCACUGACCUCAGCUAACCACAAAAUUGAGAGCAAUAUUUGUCAACUUUCUCUUUAUAAAUAAGUUCAGAAGUGUUCAGACAUAUGUUUAGUACACAUACAGUGACUUGUGUUUUUAGGUAUUUAAUGAAAUUCUAAGUGAUGGUUCUUAUUCAGUGUACAUAAGACAGGUAGUUACUACUUCAUAUGAAACAGUACUCCUAUAAUUCCUGUUUCUGAUUUAGUUUGUUGGGUUUUGCUGUUUGUUGUUGUUAUCUUAAAGCAAUUAUAGUUUUAAAAUAAUCCAAAUUUAGGCCUUAGCGUCGGUAGUUUUGUUCAGGUACUUAACAUUAAUACACAGUACACUACAGUUGACUUUUCAAGCUACUAAAGACUUUGUAAUUACAUGAACUUCAAUUUUAAUACCACGUGUAUGGUGGAACUUUUUAAAAAAUGCAUGAUGCCAUCAAAAUUCUUCCCUGGGCAUGUGGCUCAGUGGUAGAAUACAUGCUUAGCAUGUAUAGGGGUCCUGGGUUCAGUCCCCAGCACUGAGGAGAAAGUAUUCCCUCUAAUGAUAAUGGUACAAUAUUUUAAUAUGAAAAUUAGGUAUAUUAAAUUUUUAUUUAUAUUUGAUCUGAAAUCUAUUUUAUUACUUUUUAACUUGUAUAACUUAAGUUCUUCAUGAAAUCCUUUAAUCCGACCUAUACUAGAAAUUCAUUCUGUGAUUGAAAAUGGCUUUUUUGUGUAGUAGUUUAAUUUUAGCUAAAUAUAAUGAUGCUUAAAGCCAUAUGGAAUUGGGAAUCAUUUUCAAAGUACAUCUAUUCCUUUGUUUUCAUCCAUGUAUGUACAAUACAUUAAAAAAGAAGCAUUUUAAUCGAAAGACUGUAGUUCUUUGAUGUAAUUUCUUAUUAAUAGUGUGUAUUUGUAGAUUAGAACAGAGUCUUUAGUUGGUAUUAAUUUAUUUUACUCCUAUACAUGCAUUUUUCCUUACAUUUACAAAACUGAGAAUGGGUCAAGAUCAUUUUACAACGUUCAGGAACCCGGAUUCCUCCCUUUUACCCCAUGAAAAAUGCUUGGAGUCAAACCUCUUAAGGUAGCUUACUGGUUUGCUUCUAGCAAUAGCAUGGUGCUACUCAUUGGCUAGUACCUCAGUUUAAGCAAGGUAGUGUGUAAAAACCAGUCUCAUCUAUCAGAAUAACUGCUAAAAGGUAUUUCUGUAAGUAGUUCAGGUUAUUGAAAAUCUUUGAAAACUUUCUUAGGCUUGUUAACAUAAAUGACUUUUUAGGAAUUUUUAAUAAAGCAGUAUAGUUAUAUAGCAGUGUAGUUUUUAAUAAAAGCAGGCAAGAUAUAGGGUGGUGAAUCUUCUGGUGGAAUAUGAUUUAUUCAGAGUUCCUGCAGGCCUGGAGAUGGCUAUCAUUAUACCUGUUCCUGGGCAGUUACAUCACAUUGUGCAGUCUAUGUUGAGACUGCUGUCCUCAUUCGGCAAUGAUAAAUAUUUCUCUUAAGUAAUUGACUAUUUCUCCAUGUUUUAAAAAUAAUUAAAAUGAAUCUCGCCAUAUCUUGUGCUGCCAUAUCUUGUGCUACCAUUCCAUGCACAAGUGGCUGAGCUAAUCUGGAGAAUAUGUUCUUAAACAGAAGCACAUUUAGUUGAGUCAUACCAGUUAGAACAUAGACUAGAGCCUAUAUUUAGCAUUAGUGAAUUUUAAAAUUCAUGGGUUUGGGGUUAUAGAAUUUAUUAGUGUCCUGAAGGUUUAGUCAUAUCCAAUAAGUAUUUUUAUUACCAAUAAAUUUAAAUUUGUUAAGAAAAAUAUUGUCCUAGGGCCAAGUGUUACCUACCACCAAACAGUCACUAAGUUGGUCUAUAGCAGCUUUUACCUUACCUGUUUCCCCACCUAAUAGCCAUCAUUCCUGAAAAAUAGAUGUAUAGAAAUUCACUCUUUGACAAAAGAAUUAGCAUUGGCUUUUACACAGUCAGUUCCUUUUAUGUCUUGUAUCUCAAGGAAUAAUCUACUGCAGAUUGAAAAAUGCUAUAAUUGGAAAUUAACAUGUUUUAAAUUAUCUUUAUGAACUUUAU